CAUUUUAUUUUCUUCUGGACUUGACACGGAAACAGUAAAAAGGAGGAUUGAGUAAUCUGAAUUUCAGCUGUGUUUGUAUGAAUUUUGGUUUUUUCUUUUCCAUGGCAGGCAAUCUGAAUCAAAAUCAGACGCAGUAGUGAAGUGACUCAACGCGACGAACGAUCCAUUUUCACGCUGAUCUCAGGGUUGUUAGGUCAUCUUUGAUCGCAUUGAUGGACUCACAGAACAACAAUCCAAACCCUAAUCCUCUUCAUCGGAAUUCGCUACCGUCGUCGAUGCCGGUGUGGCCUACGAUCGAUGGGUCGUUGGGGUUGUCUGAGGAAGAAUCGGUGACCUACGCGCGGAGGUUUUACAAUUUCGGCUUCGCUCUUCUGCCUCUCCUUUGGGCCGUCAAUUGCUUCUACUUCUGGCCCGUUCUUCGCCAUUCUCACUCCUUCCCUCGCAUUCGCCCAUAUAUUGUUAGAUCGGCAUUUGGGUUUGCAGUAUUUGCUACUGUUCUGUGUUCUUGGGCUCUAACAUUUGCCAUUGGAGGGGAACGCCUCUUCGGACCUGUUUGGGAUCAAUUGGUUAUGUACAACCUUGCUGAUAGGUUAGGCCUAACAAGCUGGAGCUAGUUGUGUGGCACCUCUGAUACUUAUAUUUUGAUCUUUUAUUACCACAUUUACCUUCUUCCAUGCCUCAUGACUGCACUUGUACUUACAUAUACAUUUUACUAUAUUCUGUCAUUGAACUGAUAGUGAAUUUCAUCUUGUUGACACUCUUGAUAGAUAAGCAAUGUUUUGGAAGUAGAUAGAGAUCUUGGUUUCU